AUGGCGACGCAUUUCCUCGAAGACCCGCGACUGCGCCAGCGCUGGAACCAGAUCUCCCACAAUGCUGGAGAGGUGACGGAGAAUGCCGCCGCCGGUAUUUGGAGUUUCCAGCAUCACUACAUCAAUCCCUGCCUUGCCGCCCUCGCCAGCUCAUUAGAACAGUGCGCCACUCCCUGUCUAGGCGAUCGAGAAGAGCGGGCCAGACGCCGGCGAGAGCGAGAUCGCGCGGGAGGACGGGCAGAAUACAGUUUCGACUUUUAUGACGACUGGUACGCUGAGGAUCAGGAUGGCGGCUUCCUGGGUGGUUGGAGCAAUGAUGACUGGGAUCGCCUGCUCGCAGGCACAGGGUCCCAACGAAAGCACGCCGGCGGCGAGGUGCAAGACCAACCCAAAAGAAAGCGAGGAAUGAGCUACGGUACACGAGGCAGAAGCACCAAAGUGUCGGAAUCCGAUCCAACAAUCAUCCCAAGUACACAGCCCAUUGGCUUCUUGGGCAAGCUGCCGUGGAAGUUGGGCAAGACGCUCCGAUACAAGCCCAGCGCGGCCGAUCUGCAAGAUCAUCCCCGACAGCAUGACGAGAUGGGUAUGGGCGAGGCCGAGCCUCUUCUUGGAAACGACGACUCAGACGACGACAUCUAUCAAAGUCGCUUUGCCAAGACUAGAAAUCGGAGCGGGACGACAGGGUCGGGGGACACGUCGGACUCGUAUCGGUCAAGGGGCGACCUGUUCCCCAGUGAUGGCGAAGGGGAAGAGGAUGCUGUGCCGUUGGAUGACGAGUUCAUGGUGUUGGACAAGGUCCGAGACGACCGAAGCAGCAGCAGAACGAAGGCCAGCAAGGGCAAGCGCCGUGCAGACGGGCGCCCGAUAUCGCGGACGGUUUCGAGAGCAACAAUCGACUCGAACCACUCAUUUCUCGGCCCAGGACCUCGAAGAGACUCAAUCAGCAUACCCGACACCCCAGAUACGCCUCGUGCCCCGUCGAUGGAGGAUCUUCAGCGGGAGGAAGAGCGCAUCCAGCGAGAAGAGGACGAAGAAGUUGAACGCAAGCGGCGUGCUGCAUCGCAGCUUGCAUCAGAACGCGGCCUGCAUGAUAGCGGGUCCGAAGUGGUUUCUUCUGAGGGCAUCUCGGAGGUGAAAACCGUCGAAGUGGGAUAUGCGUCAGAGGCUCCGAGUCAGGAGGCGUCGCCACCCGAACCGACGGUCGAAAUAACGAACAGUAACGAAGCGCCGGUAAUCCGGACUACGACGCAAGCAGGACAGUUUAUACCAACCGAGGAAUUUGUUCCCGCACGGUUACCGAGCUUCAGGUAG